GCUUUUACUAUUUAUACCCAACACACUCACAAAUCUGGAUCAAACCCUUCUUCUCUCCUCACUUUCAUUGUGCUGUGCUCUGCGUUUCAAGGCUUUUGUGUCGAUUGUCGGAGGAGAGAAAGGGGUUCGUGUUGUGUGUAGCAAGAAAUGGCCAUGGCUAAGCUUCUGGCUUUGAUGAUCUUGGCUUUCAUCGUCAUUUCCAUGAUCCAAACCACCGUCAUGGCUUCUAAUGGCAGUGGAGGACAUCACAACAACAAGAAACGAUAUGGACCAGGGAGUCUCAAGAGUUACCAAUGCCCAUCUGAAUGCGUGAGGAGAUGCGGGAGAACCCAGUACCACAAGCCGUGCAUGUUCUUCUGCCAGAAGUGUUGCAAGACCUGCCUGUGCGUGCCACCGGGGUAUUAUGGUAACAAGGCUGUGUGCCCUUGCUACAACAACUGGAAGACCAAGGAAGGAGGCCCUAAAUGCCCUUAGGAAGUUCCAAUAUUAACAAUGCCCUUCCUAUUAAGCAUAGUAAUAUCUUUGUAUCAUCUAUCUAUGUUGUCUAUGUUUUUCUUUGUUGUUUUGGCCUAUUUAGAGAGGACUAAAAAAACAAGUGUUUUGUCUACUAAAAAAAGUCACUCCUUUAGCUAGGAGUUUUAUCUAAAUGAGAGUGGCUCUUUCUUCCAUUAUUAUUAUCAAUGAAAAUCUUUAUGGCUUUUAUGAGUU